ACAGAAACAAAACCAGAAAUCUCUUUAGAUCUUUAACAUCAAACUAAGGUUAAAGUUUCCAACAAAAACAUGAGGGGCUUUGGGUUUCAACAGCAGCAACACUGUGCUGAUGAGGGCAUGUGGGUGGAGUCUCAGGCUCAGCAGCAGAACUAUGCCUUUCAUGAAGAGUCUUGGAGCUCUGAAAACAAUUACCAAAACCAAUUCCCAAGCAUGAUGCAGAUGAACAAGCAUGGUUCUUUUGGUGUGGACUCAAAGUCAAAACAUCAUGGCAUGUUAGGAGGAAAUGGAAACUGUGGCAUGUUUCAAGAAGGCAUGCACAGUAACCAUGGCUUUGGUCAUGGGGGUGGCAAAAAGUUUCCUUUUGGUGGCAACAAAGCCUCUCAUCAGUUUUCAAAUGGUGGGGGCAAGUUCAAUUCUGGUGGGCACCAUGAGUAUAUCAUGGAGGAAAAUGAGUAUGAGGAGGCUUAUGAGGAGCAUGUUGGUGCUGGCAAUGCUACGGUUGAUGAAAUGAGAUAUGAGCGUCAUGAGUACCAGGGUGGGGAUAGUUGCUAUGUCAAUCCCUAUGAGAGGAAAAUGAUUAGGAACAUGAACCACAAACCCCACCACUGGACAGCAAAGGGGGUCUAAUAUACCACACUAUGAUACCACCUAUUUCCUAUGCAUUUGAAGCUAUCUAUGCAACAGUAAUAAAAUGUGUGCUUUGUUGUUUUAUUGUUGGAAUAAGAUUCCACCCAGUGUGUUUGGAUUUGGACCCUUGUGCUUCAUGUUACUUGUAAUAUCUUAUUUAACUUGUUAUGUUAUAAACUUAUAAUAUAAAGUUGCCUUUGAUUAUGAUGAUUGA